GCCGCCGCCGCCGCCGCCGCCGCUGCCGCUGUCUGAGAGAAGCCGUCGCGGCCGCUCCUGCCGCUCCCUCCGGCCACCAUGUCCGCCCAGGCGCAGAUGCGGGCCCUGCUGGACCAGCUCAUGGGCACGGCCCGGGACGGGGGAGCCGUAAAUUGAGCUUUUCUAACGUGGGUUCCUGCCGCGUGCUUUUCCAGCCCCCUUUUCCUCUAGUCACACAGGACAGCCUCUGUUUAGCCAGCGCUUGGCAGUCGUUAGGUUCAGUGUAUCUUUGCCUGCCUACAUCAAUCUGCAAGGGAGUUGCAGAAAAGCCUCAUGUUCAUCGAGCCGAGACGAAACCAGACAGAGGGUCAAGUUUACAGAUGACCGUGUCUGCAAGAGUCACCUUCUGGACUGCUGCCCCCACGACAUUCUGGCUGGGACGCGCAUGGAUUUAGGAGAAUGUACCAAAAUCCACGAUUUGGCCCUCCGAGCAGAUUAUGAGAUUGCAAGUAAAGAAAGGGACCUCUUUUUUGAAUUGGAUGCGAUGGAUCACUUGGAGUCCUUUAUCGCUGAGUGUGAUCGGAGAACUGAGCUUGCCAAGAAGCGGCUGGCAGAGACGCAGGAGGAGAUCAGUGCAGAAGUUUCCGCAAAGGCAGAAAAAGUACAUGAGUUGAACGAAGAAAUAGGGAAGCUUCUUGCUAAAGCUGAACAGCUAGGAGCCGAAGGAAAUGUGGAUGAAUCCCAGAAGAUUCUUAUGGAAGUGGAGAAAGUCCGUGCAAAGAAAAAAGAAGCUGAGGAAGAAUACAGGAAUUCCAUGCCUGCAUCCAGUUUUCAGCAGCAGAAGCUGCGUGUUUGUGAAGUCUGCUCAGCCUACCUUGGUCUCCAUGACAAUGACCGUCGUCUUGCAGACCACUUCGGGGGCAAGUUACACUUGGGGUUCAUUCAGAUCCGUGAGAAGCUCGAUCAGUUAAGGAAAACUGUGGCUGAAAAGCAGGAGAAGAGAAAUCAGGAUCGGCUGAGGAGGAGAGAGGAGAGGGAGCGGGAAGAACGACUGAGCAGGAGGUCUGGAUCAAGAACCAGAGAUCGCAGGAGGUCGCGCUCCCGGGACCGGCGUCGGAGGCGGUCAAGAUCUACCUCCAGAGAGCGGCGGAAGUCAUCCCGAUCCCGGUCCCGAGACAGACACCGGCGCCACCGAAGCCGUUCCCGGAGCCACAGCCGGGGCCACCGCCGGGCAUCCAGGGACCGGAGUUCAAAAUACAAGUUCUCCAGAGAGCGGGCCUCGAGGGAGGAGUCCUGGGAGCGCGGGCGGAGUGAGCGGGGGGCCACCGACUGGAGGCUCGAGAGCACCAACGGGAAGACAGCGUCACGGAGGUCGGAGGAAAAGGAGGCCGGCGAGAUCUGAACCCACGCCCAGGCGCUGUAAAUAGUCUGAUACAUGUUUGACACAGCCUAACGUUACCCUUUAUAUUUGCUGAAUACAACUCAUCUUUUGUAGUUUACCAUUUCUAUUGUUUUGGAGCUAGCUGUGAGUUUCUCGAGAUGUACAGAGUUGCUCCUGUGUUCUGGGUUAUGUCAAGUGGGAAUAAAUAGCCUGACAGACUGCCU